UAUAACGUCACAACAUGGUGACUUUAUUUGACAAUAUUUUUCUUCAUUCUAAAUUACAAAUAAGUGAAAAUGUAAUAAAAUUGAAAAACUGUAAUAAACUAAUCUUCAUUCGUCAAUUAUAUUUAAUUUCUAUUGUUUGAUCAUGAAAUUAAUUGUAACAAUGUAAAAUAGAAUUUUAAGGUUAGAUAAUGAAUAAUGAUGAAAGGAGAAGGAGGAGAAGGAGAAGGAGUAUCUAUGGAAACUGUAACGAGACUCUUCAACUUAAUACAAAUAUUGCAAUACUUAGCGGUGAAGAAAAAUGGUUAUCUACUUUACAAAAAGUAUUAAAAAAUACAAUUUAUGAGAAUUUGCAGCAAUGCUAUUUACAUUUUGAAGAAAAGGAUCUAUGCGAUUGGAUUACAAAUGUACCAAGUAUGGUAAUCAUUUGUAUUUCUCGCAUUUAUUGGACCAGUCUGGUCCAAAAUUGUUAUUCACCUUUUAAUUUGUUAUUACUAAAAACAAUUAAUAAGAAAUAUACUGAAUUAUUGGCGAGCUUGGCUGGUCGAAUGAAAAAUAAUAUAAUACAUAAAGAAAAGAAACUGUUAAUGUCAUUAAUAAUAAUAACAGCUAAUCACGAAGAAAUUAUAAGAUUAUUGCUAGAAAAAAAUGUUUGUUCUUCUUCAGAUUUUAACUGGUUGGCACAAAUGCGAUAUUAUUGGAUUGAAAAUGAAAUUAAAAUUUCAUUAUAUAAUACUACAAUAAAUUAUGGUUACGAAUACAAUUAUUAUGAGCAAUAUUUAGUGAAUACGCCAUUAACUGAUAGAUGUCUUCGUACCUUAAUGGAAGCUUAUAACUAUCAUUUAUUCGGAGCUAUUAUUGGAUCUGUGGCCACUGGAAAAAUGGAAACUAUUAAAUAUUUAAUCAAUUCUCUUGCAAUGCCUUAUUACAUAUUAAACACGAAUGAAGGAUUUACUUAUAAAUCAAUACUGAAUGUAUUGAAAGGACUUAUUUCUUGUGGAACAUGGAUUUGCUUGAAAAAUUUAGAUAAAUUAGAAUUAACUGUACUAUCUGCAGUUACGCAAACAAUCGUGAAUAUUCAUCAAGUAAUAUCCACAAAUUUAAAAUCAGUUAUGCUCGAAGGAACCAAAUUAAAUUUAAAUCCAAAUGGAAACAUUUGCAUUAUUAUGAAUGUCCAAUGCAACAAAUAUUACGAAUUAUCGGAUAAUUUGAAAAUACUUUUUCGCACUAUUUCUAUGGUAAAACCAGAUCUCAAGCAAAUAAUAGAAAUAGAACUCUUAGCAUCUGGUUUUUCCAAUGGAAAAGAACUUGCAGCUAAAUUGGUUUUGAUCUAUAAAUUAUUAUCGGAUCAAUUAUUAGACAGACCACAUUAUAAAUUUGAUUUGUCCUCAGUGAAAAUAGUUAUUAAAACUGCAAGGAUGUUAAAAAUUCAUUUUCAAACUGAAGAUGAAAAUAUUUUAUUACUUCGUUCGGUAAUCGAUGUAAUUUUACCAACAUUUUCUAGCGAAGAUAUAAUGAUAUUUCAGAAUAUAAUACAUAGUAUAUUUCCUAAUACUAAAUUACCGUCUCUGAAUUAUAAUAAAAUAUUAAUAGCACUAGAAAAUGUAUGCGAAUCAAGAUCAUUGGAUUUUCACGAAAUAUUGAAAUUAAAAUGUUUACAAAUGUUUGAAUUAAUGCAUGUUCAACAUGCUCUCAUACUUGUUGGUGGUCCUCUUACUGGAAAAACAGAAAUGUUACAUGUUAUGGCUGAUACUUUUACACUACUACAUAAAUGGAAAGAUGAUAAUGGUGCAAAAAUUACAUUAGAAAUGAUAAAUCCAGGAAUUAUCAACAGCAAUCAAUUAUUUGGUCAAUACAAUAAAGAAUUGAAUUUAUGGGAGGAUGGUUUAUGCACUAAAAUAUUUCGUACUUUUGCAGCAAGUAAUUCAUCAGAUAAGAAGUGGUUGAUAUUUGAUGGAUCAUUGAGCGACAUAUGGGUUGAAAAUUUGUAUACAGUAAUAGAUAGUAAUAAAUUCCUUCAUUUAAUUUCUGGAGAAAGGAUUUCAAUGACACAAACGAUGUUUCUAAUAUUUGAAACUAUGGAUUUAUCUAACGUUUCUCCUGUUAUUGUAUCACACUGUGGUAUUAUUUAUAUUGAAUCACAAUCUAUCGGAUGGAAACCGUACAUAUUAUCUCAUAUCAAACAAAAUCAAAUGUAUAAUAAGUAUGAGAAAAUUAUGUAUUCGUUAUUAAGUUGGUCUUUAGACGCUUGUCUUCAAUUUUUCCGUUUGAAUUGCUCGAUGACAAUUAUUGUAGGAGAAUUACAUCUUGUAAGAUCAACGUUAAGUUUGUUUGAAAUGUAUUUAACAGAAGCUUGUAACGAACUGUUGGAAAGAAAUGAAAAUUUAGAUCAUUUUGUUAUUUGGUCGCAAGCAGCUUUAAUAUUAUCUUUGGCAUGGGUUUUUGGUGGAAAUUCAUCUACAGAUUUCCAAGUAAAAUUUAAUGAAUUUUGCGUAGCGCUUUGGAAUAAUUCUCACAGUGAAUAUCCAUGUCCAGAAGAUAUUAAACAUUAUGAUAUUGCUUUGCCUACUGAAGGAUUAAUACAAGAUAAUUUGUAUACUUUUAAAGGUGUUGGUAACUGGAAACACUAUAAUGAUUUAUUGAAAACUGAAAUGAUAACAGAUAUGUGUAACUUUGAUCAAAAAUAUGUUCCAACUCUUAAUUCUAUUAAGUUCGGUCGUUUAUUUCUUACACAUAUCAAAUAUUGCAAAGCUUUUAUUAUUUGCAGUAAUGGUACAACAGGUAAAACUGUUCUUUUACAGAAUUUAUUAAAAUAUAAAUUAUCAAAACACAAAUAUUUAACAAACACUUUUAAUUAUUCUUCUCUUGUAACUGCAGAGAAAGCAAAGAAUUUGUUUUUGUCUUACUUGAGUAGGAUAAAAAAAAAAUGUUAUGGCUUACCAGAAGAUAAAUGUUGUAUAAACUUAAUUGAUGAUUUUAAUCUAAAUACCGACACUAAUAUCAAUUCUAGCUCAGUACUAGAAUUAAUACGACAAUAUUUUAAUAACGGAUAUUGGUAUGAUACAAAGAUAUUUGAUAAAAUCUUUGUCACAAAUAUUAACUUUUUAUUAACAAUAACUACUGGUUAUAAAAAGCAUAAUAUUUGUCCUAGAUUCAUGAGACAUUUUAAUGUUUACACAUUUCCUGAACUUACGACGGAUAAUAUAUAUAAAAUAUUCUCUAAUAUGCUUUUAACUAAUUUAAAAAAUAAUCUUUUUAGUACAGACGUAUUAAAUUAUGUAACAAGUAUAACAAAUGCUACAAUUGAUGUUUACAAUUCAAUAUUUAAUAUCUUGCGUCCGAUACCUACCAAAGUACAGUAUUUAUUUAAUAUCAGAGACAUAUACAAAGUUAUAAGCGGUUGUAGUCUUAUCCAAAAAGAAUCAGUUGAUGCCAAAAUUGUAUUCAUUCGUUUGUGGGUACACGAAACGCUGCGUGUAUUCGGUGAUCGAAUUUCAGAUAACGACGAUAAAGAAAUUUUAUAUCAAAGUAUAAAAGAAGCAGUGAAAAAAUAUUUCAAAGAUUCAUUUGAGUCUGCUUUUGAUCAUUUACCAAAAUUUGAGGAUAAAAUUACUAAGGAUAGUUUGAAAUAUCUUUUAUUCGGUAAUUUUAUAGAAUUGGAUGAAACUUCAUCGAAAUAUAAAAAAUAUGAAGAAAUCAAUUCUUUAGAAGUAUUGAAAGAUGCUAUUGUAUCUUACAUGAAUAAUUAUAAUAAUAUUAAUAACGAAAAGAUCGAUAUUGUAAUAACACAACAAAUGUUGAUAUAUUUGGUAGAAAUUUGUAGAAUAUUGGCAAUGCCCGGUGGAAAUGCAAUUAUUAUUUCAACCAUUAGAUCUGGUAAAAAAUCCAUAACUAAACUUGCUGCUUAUAUUCAAGAGCAAAAUUUUUUUGAAUCUACCAUGGACUCGUAUUAUAAUUUUAAUAUUUGGAAAGAUGAUUUAAAAAAGAUAUUACGUACUUGUGGAGAAUCUCAACAAAAUUGCACAUUCUAUCUCACAGAAAGACAAAUGAAGAACACAUUUCUUCAAGAUAUUAACAGUUUAUUAAAUACCGGGGAAAUACCAGAUUUAUUUUCAACCGAAGAGAAACUCAGUAUUAUAGCGGCGAUGCGUAUACAUGCUCAAAAAGGAGAUUCAAAUGCAGAAAUAAAUAUUUCUGCUGUAAUGGAUUACUUUAUAGAACAAUGUAAAAAUAAUUUGCAUUUUGUACUUGGCUUCAGUCCGAUCAAUAAUACAAUGAGAAAAUAUUUUUAUUUAUAUCCUAAUUUAAUCAAAUACUGUACAAUCAAUUAUUAUGAUACAUGGCCAGAAGAUGCUCUUGUUGAAAUAGCUAAAAUUCAUAUAGAAAUUAUAGAUAUUCCAAAGAACAUAAAAGAUAGUGUAAUAAAAGCUUGCAUUCAAUUUCAUAAUGAUGCAAAAAUAAAUAGCUUAAUGUAUUUAAAUGAUAAUGGAAUACCAACUUACGUUACGAAUUCAGCUUUUUUACACACCACAAAAUUAUAUAAACAUUUAAUGACCAAGAAACAAGAACAAAUUAUUACUACUAGAAACAGAUAUAUGAUGGGAUUGGAACAACUUGAAAUAGCAGCGCAACAAGUUGAAAAAAUGAGUACAACGUUAACGAUUCUAAAACCUGAAUUAGAACUAUCUGCACAAAGAACUAUCACGACAAUGAAAGAAGUUAAACAAGAAAAUUUAACUGUAGAGAAGGCUACGAUUCUUAUUAAAAAAGAAGAAGGUAUUGCUAAUAAAAAAGCAGAGAUUGCUGCAGUAUUAAAAUCUGAAUGUGAAGCUGAUCUUGCUGUAGCUAUUCCUAUUCUCGAAGACGCUGUUGUAGCUUUAAACACAUUAAAACCUACUGAUAUUACUUUAGUGAAAGCCAUGAAAAAUCCUCCUGACACCGUUAAGUUAGUGAUGGCUGCAGUUUGUGUUAUGUUAGGUGUAACACCAGAUCGUAUUGUUGAUCCUGUUAGUGGGAAAAAAAUAACGGAUUAUUGGGGUCCAAGUAAACGUAUUUUAGGGGAUAUGAAUUUCUUACAAAAUUUGAAAGACUAUAAUAAAGAUAAUAUACCAUCAGCAGUAAUACAAAUAAUUAAAAAUGUUUAUAUGACAGAUAAAAAUUUUGUACCUCAUAUUGUUGCCAAAGCAUCAAGUGCUGCAGAAGGACUCUGUAAAUGGGUAAGAGCAAUGGUAUCUUAUAAUGAAAUUGCUAAAGUGGUAGCUCCAAAAAAAGAAAAAUUGGCAGCAGCUCAGAAAGAGUGCGACGAAGCAGAAGCAUUUUUAAAUGAGAAACGUCAAACUCUUUCUAAUUUAAAUAUCAAAUUAGCUACACUUAACAGUAAUCUUCAAGACACUUUACAGAAGAAAUUAAAAUUAGAGGAAGAAGUGAAUAACUGUACAAUGAAAUUACAGAAAGCAGAAAGCUUGAUUGCAAGCCUAGGAAAUGAAAAAGAUCGUUGGUUACAAUUAGCAGACAAUCUUCAAUUAAAUUAUGAUAAUCUAGCUGGAGAUAUGAUACUAUCAUCUGGAAUAAUAGCCUACAUGGCUCCGUAUAACAUCAAAUAUCGUGAUAAAAUGAUAAAAAAGUGGAUCAAUCUUAUAGAAAUGUUAAACUUGCCAUAUUCAAAAUCUUAUGACUUUGUUAAUAUACUCGGAGUGGAAUUAAAAAUAAGUUCGUGGUACCUUUCUGGUUUAUCUAAAAACAGAUUUUCCACAGAGAAUGCUAUUAUUAUGGAGAAUUCUAAACUAUGGCCAUUGUUCAUCGAUUCUCAAAACCAAGCUAAUAAUUGGAUCAAAGAAAUAGAGAAAAAGAAUGGUCUUAAAGUAGUUAAAUUUACAGAUUCCGAUUACAUGUCGAUCAUACGAUAUAAUAUUGAACACGGUAAUCCUAUUUUACUAGAAAAUAUUGGAGAAGAACUUGAAGUUGCUAUAGAUUCAGUGUUGUUAAAAAAUAUUUAUAAAAUUGGAGAUGAUUGGUAUUUAAAAAUUGGUCAAAUUAUUACCAAAUAUUCUCUCAAUUUUAGAUUGUACGUUACAACAAGAUUAUCUAAUCCACAUUAUCCACCUCACGUAUAUAGCAAACUUAAUGUAAUAGAUUUUGCACUUCCUUGCGAAGCUCUUCAAGAUAAACUCUUAAAUAUAAUUAUAAGAAAAGAAAAAUUAGAACUUCAAGAACAAUUUGAAAAUAUUUGGAUAGAAGAUACUAUUAACAGAGAAGCUCUUAAGUUGCAAGAAGAUAAAAUUUUAAGUACGUUAUCGUCUACCAGUACAAAUAUUAUAGAAGACGAAAAAGCUAUCAAGAUAUUGGACUCUUCCAAGACUCUUUCUUUGAAUAUAAUUAAAAAACAGGAACAAGCAGAAGUUAUGAAGAACGAAAUAAAUAUCGUUCGAAGUACUUACACGCAAUAUACUAAAUUUUGUGCUGGAUUAUUUACGACACUUAACGCAUUAUCAAAUUUAGAUCAUAUGUAUCGUUUUUCGUUCUCAUGGUUUAUCCAAUUAUUCACACGUUCCAUUCAAGGAUCGAAUAAAAAUAUUUCUCUCGAAAAACGAUUAAAAUUAUUAAAGUAUUCUUUCGCUCAAAAUCUUCAUUCAAGCGUUUGUAGAUCUUUGUUCGAAAGACAUAAGCUUAUUUAUUCAUUUUUACUAUGUUCUAAAAUGUUAUUAGACAAUAAACAAGCAACAGAAAAAGAAAUUCAUUUCUUUUCUCUCACAGACAUAGAAUAUUGUAAUAUUUCAAAUGUGUUUCAAGUACCAGUUUGGUUAUCAAUGAAGACAUGGAAUAAAAUUUGUUAUAUCAAUGAUAACUUAUCUAAUUUUAAUGGUCUCGCACAAGACAUUUCUUCUAACGACGUAAGCUGGAAAAUAUACUGGAAUUCGGAUCUCGUAGAAACUUUAACAUUACCAGAUCCGUGGGAUAAAAAGUUAGGGCCGUAUCAAAAAUUAAUAUUAGCUAAAAUUGCUAAGCCAGAUAAAAUUAUUUAUUAUAUCAUAUAUUUCGUUGAAAAUUAUUUAGGAAAAAUGUUUAAUUACUCGUCUCAAUAUACAAUGUCUCAAUCAUAUGCAGAAUCCAGUUGUCUUCGUCCGCUUUUAUUUAUUUUACCAAGUUACUCUUCACCUCUUUCUUUUCUUUCCGCUUACGCGAGUACCAUCGGCUAUUCUUCAAAAUACAUAUCUCUUUCUAUGGAAGAUACACAGCAAAAGAAAGCUGAAGUUCUUAUAAAAAAAGCUCAAGAAGACGGUGGAUGGGUAUUCCUUCAGAAUUGUCAUCUCGCUGUUCCAUGGUUGUUUCAAUUAGAAAAGAUUUGUGAAAAUUUGAAUGCAUCAAACACAUCUUUAACUUUUCGAUUAUGGCUCUCUAGUUAUUCCAUUAAUGAGUUUCCUAUAAGUAUUUUGCAAAACUGUGUAAAGAUAACGUUAGACGAUCCAAAUAAUAUCAAAGAAAAUUUAUUGAGAUCCUUUCAAUUGAAGUCUAUAAAAAAUAAAGAUAUUUUUGACUGCUUUGUUAAAGAAAAGAAUAACUUUGGAAUGCAAGCUUGGAAUAUUCCAUACAAUUUUGAUUAUUCAGAUUUCGAAACAUCUAUUCUCCUAUUACAAGAUUUAAUAAACAAUCAUGAAAAUGUAUCAAUCGAAGCUAUAUCAUAUUUUAUUGGUGAAUGUAAUUAUGGUGGAACCUUGACAGAUUUGAGAUCGGCGUUUAACGGUGACAUAAUAUUGAGUAAUUAUUUAGAAGAAUUAUGGAAAUUAAUAUACAAUGGUCAAAUUCCAUAUAUCUGGAAAAAAUGGGAUUUACAAGACAAGAUAUUAAUAAACAGCAUACCUGGUAGAUAUCGUUAUGACAUGCCCAUCAUGUGUCUUAAAUUUAUCACACAAGAAACAAUAUUGGAAAACAUUUAUAAAUGUCCUGUAUACACUAUUUGUAUUGAAAAUAAUACAAACAAAUUAAAUACAAAUCUUACACGUCCCAAACAAUUACAAACGUUACAUAUGCAUGUAAUGACAGUACCUUUAAAAACAAAUAUAUGCGUUGCACAUUGGAUAAGAUGUGGUACUGCAUUGUAUCGUUAA